GCGUGGGCGGGGCCGGCACGGGACGGGCCGCAGGGCCAACGAGGGGCGGCGCCAGGCCGCGGGUCCUCGGCCGAGCGACGCGGGGCGGCUGGCCUGCGCGCUGACUGCGGAGCGGAGAGGCCGGAGGAUGGACUUGCCCUGGGCUGCUCGCCUUCUCUCUCUGCUGCUGGUGCCGCUGCUGCUGGGCCCUGCGCGCGGCCUGCGCAAUGCUUCCCAGAGGACGUUCAAGAUCGACUACAGCCACAACCGCUUCCUCAAGGAUGGCCAGCCGUUCCGCUACAUCUCGGGGAGCAUUCACUACUUUCGGGUGCCCCGCUUCUACUGGAAGGACCGGCUCCUGAAAAUGAAGAUGGCCGGGCUGAACGCCAUCCAGACGUAUGUGCCCUGGAACUUUCACGAGCCCCAGCCAGGACAGUACCAGUUUUCUGGGGAACAUGAUGUGGAAUAUUUUCUCAAGCUGGCCCAUGAGCUGGGACUGCUGGUUAUCCUGAGGCCCGGACCCUACAUCUGUGCAGAGUGGGACAUGGGAGGAUUGCCGGCUUGGCUGUUAUUAAAAGAGUCGAUUAUUCUCCGUUCUUCUGAUCCAGAUUACCUUGCAGCCGUGGACAAGUGGUUGGGAGUCCUUCUGCCCAAGAUGAAGCCUCUCCUCUAUCAGAAUGGAGGGCCCAUUAUAACCGUGCAGGUUGAAAACGAAUACGGCAGCUACUUCACCUGUGACUACGACUACCUGCGCUUCCUGCAGCGGCGCUUCCGCGACCACCUGGGCGGGGACGUGCUUCUGUUCACCACCGACGGGGCGCACGAGAGGUUCCUGCAGUGCGGGGCGCUGCAGGGGAUCUACGCCACCGUGGACUUCGGCCCAGAUGCCAACAUCACCGCUGCUUUCCAGAUCCAGAGAAAGAGUGAGCCCAGAGGACCGUUGGUGAACUCUGAAUUCUAUACUGGCUGGUUAGACCACUGGGGCCAACCUCACUCAAGAGUGAGGACUGAAGUGGUAGCUUCCUCCCUCCAUGACGUACUUGCCCAUGGGGCGAAUGUGAACUUGUACAUGUUUAUAGGUGGGACCAAUUUCGCUUAUUGGAAUGGGGCCAACAUCCCCUACCAACCACAGCCCACCAGCUACGACUAUGACGCCCCACUGAGCGAAGCAGGGGACCUCACUGACAAGUAUUUUGCUCUGCGGGACGUUAUCCGGAAGUUUGAAAAAGUACCAGAAGGUUUUAUCCCUCCAUCUACACCCAAGUUUGCAUAUGGAAAAGUUGCUCUGCAAAAGUUAAAGACGGUGGAGGACGCUCUGAACGUUCUGUGUCCUGCUGGGCCCAUAAAAAGCCUUUAUCCGUUGACGUUUAUCCAGGUGAAACAGUAUUUUGGUUUCGUGCUAUACCGAACAACGCUUCCUCAAGACUGCAGCAACCCCACACCCCUGUCAUCACCCCUCAAUGGAGUCCGUGACCGCGCCUAUGUCGCCGUGGACGGGGUGCCCCAGGGAGUCCUGGAGCGAAGUUACGUGAUCACUCUGAACAUAACAGGGCAAGCCGGAGCCACUCUGGACCUUCUGGUGGAGAACAUGGGGCGUGUGAACUAUGGCAGAUACAUCAAUGAUUUCAAGGGUCUUAUUUCUAACCUGACCCUCGGUUCCAAUGUCCUCACGGACUGGAUGAUCUUCCCGCUGGACACCGAGGAUGCAGUGCGCAGCCAUCUGGGAGGCUGGCAUGGCCGUAACCAUGGCCGUCAGGAUAAUAAAGCCUUUGCCCACCACUCGUCCAACUACACACUCCCGGCCUUUUAUGCAGGGAACUUCUCUAUUCCCAGCGGGAUCCCAGACUUGCCCCAGGACACCUUUAUCCAGUUUUCUGGAUGGACCAAGGCAUGUGAAAGCCAAGAUCUUUUUACGGUAGCGGGAGGAGCGCCGUCCCUCCCUGGGCUCGGCCCCGGCGCCAGCCGCCGUGCUGACCGCCAGACAGCGCCUGCUGCCUCCCGCUGUCCCCGGUCACCAGUGUGAGCGGCACCUGCCCGAGCUCGGGCAGCCAGGAAGGAGCAGGACUGAGAUUUGAACCCGGGUAGGAAAUUCAGACAGAGUGAGGAUAAAGGGGGCACCUGGAGGCUGAAAAUUCCCCAAAGUGGGCAACGGAGUAAUUUGAGGUGAGCAGCCACAGCAUGUGGGGGGUCGGGGCUCGGCAGGUGACGCCACGGCCGCACCUCCUCCAAGGUGGCUCCUUCAUCUCCCAUACAUUCAUUCUCCCUCUCUGUCCCUCUCUUGCUCUCCCCUUUUUCCCUCUCUCUCUUCCUCUGUGAUAGAAUGUUCCGUUUAUUCGGCCAACUGUUAAGUCCUACUCUAUGAGCAAACCCUAGCCCAUGCGGGGGGUCUCUGUAGACACACCCAAACGCCCCUCUCCUUUUUUUUUUUU